CGUCACACACACACACACACACACACACACAGUGCGAUCCCCACCUUGCUACGAGUAAUAUACCAUUAAUGUAGUAAUUCUCUCUCUCUCUCUCUCUGCAUAACAACAACGUACAACAACAGUAACAAUUUAUUUCUCCACAAGGACAAGUUCCCCGCUCCCCGCUUCUCUUGAAGAAGGAAAAAAGAACCAUGAAGUGGGUGGCAGUAGCUUUAGCUGCGGUUAGUGCAGUGCUGGUUGGAGCAGCUACCGAUUCGAGCCAAGAAGGGAAGGUGACUGAAGAGCAAAUAAGUGGGACUGUGAAGAGUAAUGAACAGCAAAGGCCGCCUAAUAUUGUGAUUCUGCUGGCUGACGAUCUGGGUAUUGCUGACCUGGGCUGUUACGGCAACAACACUUUGAAGACUCCCAACAUUGACAGCCUGGCAAAGGGAGGCGUACAGCUAACUCACCACCUGAGUGCUGCCAGUAUGUGCACCCCAAGCCGCGCAGCCUUCCUCACUGGCCGUUAUCCGGCGCGUUUUGGUCUGGUUGGGCAGAAGAACACACCUUCAGUAAUUCCACACUUAUCCAGUAAAGUUGGUUUACCCUUAGAAGAAAUCACAAUAGCUGAGGCUCUCGCUGCUGCAAAUUAUACUACUGCUGCAGUGGGCAAGUGGCAUCUGGGCUCAGGAUGUGGCUUCCUUGGGAAGAAUUGCCUGGUGGCACAGCAGCAUGGCUUCCACCACUUUUUUGGCCUGCCUCUCUCCCUCCUUGUAGAAGCUGCCUCCACACAGCCAUUCUUCUUCUUCCCCUGUGAUGGUUCACAUCCUUUCUAUCAGAUCUUGUUGACAGUGGCUGUGGUGAGUGUGGUGACCCUGUGGUGGCAAUGUGGUUACCGCCCACUGCUUCUUUUCACAUAUUUCUCUGUGUUGAGCAUAGUGCUAAGCAUCACAUGGUUCUUCUACACACACUACCGUUUCCACACUAACAACUGGUGGGGCGUGUCUCCAUGGAUGAACCGCCACCUCAAUGGUGUCCUGAUGGAGGAUGGUGUAGUACUGCAACAACCCCUGAUACUGGAGGGGCUUUCUCAGCAAAUGGCCAGUCAUUCAGCCGGGCUCAUCGCCAAGUAUGCCAGGGAAGAGCAGCCUUUCUUCCUUUACCACUCAUUUGCUCACGUCCAUACUCCAAUGUUCACAGUUCCUCAGAUGGCAGGCAGGAGUGCUCAAGGAAGGUAUGGAGAUAAUGUGGAGGAAAUGGAUGCAGCAGUGGGUGAGAUCCUAGCAGCCCUUCAUGAACACAACCUGGAGGACAACACAAUUGUGUACUUUGUCUCGGAUCAUGGCGCCCACUUGGAGGCCAUAGAUGAGGAUGGCCAGCGCUCAGGGGGAUUUAAUGGACUCUUCAAAGGGGGAAAAGGCAUGGGAGCAGCUGAAGGUGGCAUCAGAGUGCCAGGUAUCUACCGCUGGCCCGGCCACAUCCCGGCAGGAGUUAAAGUGGAUGCCCCAACCUCCCUCCUGGACACCCUCCCUACCAUUCUGGAACUUGCUGGCCUGCCUCCCCUGCAUGAGCUACUUCCUCACCUCCCAUACAGGGAACUGGAUGGCAUAAGUAUUACUGAUGUCUUGACCAAGAAUGCACAUCCUCCUUCCCGCACCUUGAUUCACCACUGUGACAGAAACAUCCACGCCCUCCGUUUCAUAUAUGAGGAAAAUGUCUUCAAAAUGCACCUGGCUGGCCACAAGUGGAAGCCAGGAAGCACUCAGUGUGGCUGGGGUCCAAAUGUGUAUUGUUCCUGUCAUGAUGUGGAGGACUACAGCCAGGAACCCCGCCUAUACAACCUACGUCUGGACCCUUAUGAGGACAGCCCUAUUCCUGUUAACAGCUCCAAGUAUAACCAGAUUACGGGGAUAAUGCUGCAGUUCCUCGCUGAGUGGCAGGCACGAGUGUCAUAUCCACCUUCUAUGCUUAACAGUGUUUCUGACACAGUACUUUCUCCUUGGAUCCAGCCUUUCCGUAUUCCCUCAUAACACACAGACUGUUCUACGUGAAGAAACGCAUUGAUUCACUAAGAUAUAUUUGUAUAUUAUUGUAGAUAAACACUGUACAUGUGUAAAGAUUGUUCAUGCAAAAAUUUAUAAGUUUUGCAUAAUAAUUUGUUCAUGUCAUGUGUAUAGACUACAUGAAGUAGCUGUCAUGAAUUAUGUAUGUGGAGAAAAAAAGUGAUAGAAACAACUGUGGAACAUUUAGUGUAUGAAACACAUGGAUAGUUCAUAAAUGAAAGAAAAUCUUUUACAAACAUAUUGAUGCAAGUAAAAAGCUGAAAUAAACAAACAAACUUAAGAGGGCUGUAUGAUGUUAUAUUGUUUGUAGUUUCUUUAGUGGAUGGAAUUAAAAACAAUUUACUAACAAACACUCUUAAGAAAACAACUACAUCAUAUUAAUCUUUAAUCAUUUAAAUGCACAAUUUCAAUAUUUGUAAAGCCACUGAUACAGGAUUCAAAUAAUCUACCAACAAAAGCAAAUCAAUGCUUGCUAAGUCUUCAUGAGGUUGUUGAUCACUAUGCAGACAAGUGUGCUUUCUGAUGAAAAAUACUGUGUGACAGUCACAGCACUGACUCAUGAAGACACUACAUUGUUAAGUCUUGGUCCACCUCAUACUUAAUGGUGACUCCCUAAGUGUAGCAACUUGUGUGAAAUCAUUGAGAACUUGAAAAUUUUAAUUGCAUUUACUCAACUGAAGUUCUUGAUGUAAGAUGUGCUACUCAUGAUGGAAUAAAACUACAACAUAU